UCCCUAUCCUCUGCGAGUUAUAGCCACUCUAGUUGAUCAAACCUUCAUUUCGCCUUUUAGCAGCAUAUUCACGCAAGCUCGUCGCCGGCCGACCUAUACCAUUUCAAUUUUCAAAAAGACAGAACUUUAAACCAGUCAAGAUGAAGCUUUCAGUCGUUCUCUUCGGUCUCUUUUCCACCGUCGCCAUGGCGGAGCUCACCAAAGUGCCCCGAUCGCAGAAGCCUGUAGUCGCACGACAGGAUGGAGAAAAGGUCCAGGCGGCAUCCAUGGUCGACGCUAACGGAAACAUCGUAGCUUUCAACGCCGCCGGCGUCACUAAGAACCAACGCGUAUAAACUCAUUCUGCGCGAGGCACAGCCACCGAGGAUGAAGGAUAUAUCAAGUCGUACGUUCGGCGUGUAUAUUUGGAACCCAUCCAGCCGCCCAAGAAAUAUGACCUAAUGAAGCAAAGCUAUUGGCGCCAAGGACAGCAAACCACACCAAGAAGGAACCUGGAUGAAUGACGGAAUUAGGAUGGGAGAGGGCUCGAUAUCGAGCCGAGCUUGGACUUAUACCUAGAGUAUUUGUGAAUAUAUGCUA